UUGUAAAUUGCAGCUUGUUAGCCACUGUCAUUUCUCCCCAGUCAAACUCUAUGCCUAGCUUAUCGUAUGCUGGCUCAGUAUAAGCCAUUCUAGUAUCUAAUCAUCAAGCUCACAGGCAGCUAUCUGUUUUAGUAGUUGUGUGUGCAUGGAAUUGGCUUAACCGUGGAGAGGCCAGGCUACCACAAGUUAAUGGACUUUGACAAGCGAGGAGGAGGAGGAGGUGGUGGUGGUGGUGGAGGAGGAGGAAAGGCAGAGACUGAGGAGGGGAAGAGGAUGUCUGGAAGGCCAAGCAGCCGAUCAGGGCAUGGUGGGCGUAGUGCUGGCUCUAACUCUGGAGUGCUGAUGGUUGGGCCAAACUUCCGGGUUGGAAAGAAGAUUGGCUGUGGAAACUUUGGAGAACUGCGACUUGGCAAGAACCUGUACACCAAUGAAUAUGUGGCUAUUAAACUGGAGCCAAUUAAGUCACGAGCUCCACAGCUCCACCUAGAAUAUCGUUUCUACAAACAGUUGGGGAGUUCAGAAGGUAUACCCCAGGUGUUUUAUUUUGGGCCAUGUGGUAAAUACAAUGCAAUGGUUCUGGAGCUAUUAGGACCAAGUCUAGAAGAUCUGUUUGACCUCUGCGGCAGGACAUUUUCUCUAAAGACUGUACUCAUGAUAGCCAUACAACUGAUAACGCGAAUGGAGUUUGUCCACACCAGGAGUCUGAUCUAUCGAGAUGUGAAACCCGAGAACUUUCUUUUGGGAAGACCUGGAUCUAAACGUCAGCAUACCAUCCACAUCAUAGAUUUUGGCCUGGCUAAAGAAUAUAUAGAUCCAGAGACCAAGAAACACAUCCCAUACAGAGAACACAAGAGUUUGACUGGAACUGCAAGAUAUAUGAGUAUCAAUACGCAUCUUGGGAAAGAGCAAAGCAGACGGGAUGAUCUCGAAGCUCUAGGCCACAUGUUCAUGUACUUUUUACGAGGCAGUCUACCUUGGCAAGGACUUAAGGCUGAUACUCUUAAAGAACGUUACCAGAAGAUCGGAGACACAAAGAGGGAUACGCCCAUCGAGGUCCUCUGUGAAAGCUUCCCAGAAGAGAUGGCCACCUACCUGCGGUACGUGCGCCGACUGGAUUUCUUUGAGAAGCCCGACUAUGACUACUUAAGAAAAAUCUUCACGGACCUCUUUGACAGAAAUGGAUACAUCUUUGAUUACCAGUAUGACUGGAGUGGAAAAGCACUGCCCACUCCUGUUGGUCCAGUGGCCAGUGACAAUCCACUUCAGACCAGCAACCGGGAGAAAGUACUGCAGCAGACCAAAAACCAGUCUCCAGAAAGGAAAGGCAGUGAGUUCCAGCCCACCCCAGUGACCAAUCAAGAGCUGCUGGGCUCUCAUCUCACUGUUGAUAGGCUGAGAGGGUCUGUCCAGGUUAUGAGUUCAGCUAAUGGGGAGCUAAAUACGGAUGACCCCACUGCAGGACACUCCAAUGCACCAAUCACAGCCAAUGCUGAGGUGGAAGUAGCUGAUGAUACCAAGUGCUGCUGUUUCUUCAAGAGGACAAAGAGGAAAACUCUCCAGAGACACAAAUGAAAGCUGGAGAUGACACAAACUGGAAUCUUCUGUUUUCACCACGUCUUUCUCCUUCCUGUGAAAUGUCCUCUUCACCUUCAGCGCCUCUGCAGUCUAAGACACUGGUCUAAAUCAGGCCGUCUGGACUCUUUACAGGCACACACAGUACCACGUUUGCUGUCUGUGGACUGGCUGUCCCACUGAUAGGUUUUUAUUGUAUUUAUGGUUGCAAACUGCAGCUGGCCUUUAAACUGGAUCGUCACAAACGUCUGUGGGGAAGAAGUGACCAAAAAUCAACAAAAGCAUCCUGAGUGACUAAGGACUGGAUUCAGUGGAUUUUCUGCUUCUGUUGUUUUUAUUGUCACCCCUCAGCUUCCGCUGGCUGGUUCAGAGGAGGGUAUUCAUGUAGGCAGCUGGGAGGGACACAUGGUCAGAUCAGAAUAACUGGAAGCAGUUAGACUGACAGAACACACAGGUAUAAAAAUAUGCUGCACAGACUUUAUGGACAAACAUACAGAUCUUGCACAUUGUCUGUUUUAUUCCCUGGAAUCAAAGGAAUGACAGUCAGGAGUUUGGUUAUUUUCCAGUAACACCGUCUGUUGGGUACAUUCACAUUUUGGAAA